AUGAAGACAGUCACUGUACUCUUCUUCGUCAUCGUUUGUCUUCUCGUUUAUACCAACUGGACGAACGGAGAGGUAAACCUGUCGGCCAAGAUCGCAGAGAAUGGCGAUAUUGGAGAGGAAGUUAUCCGCGUUCUACCAACUACGCCGGGAGGCAAGGAGGAAGUUCCGUGUGAUAUCAUAGAAGGAAACGUCCACGGCCGUUUCAGUGUGACUCACUACUGUGUGAUUGUAGUAGCCCGUCCUUUAGACUUUAGUAUAAACCAAAGGUAUAACCUGACUGUAAACGUCCCCGGGACAACCGAGACCCGCUUAGUCAACAUACAAGUCGAGGACGUGGACGGAUAUCCUCCUAUCUACAACGACAUCUGCGAAAUGCCAGUUCUAGCAAACGACAGGGCACCUGUCCCGCUUGCUUUCAACGUGGCAGUGACUGCGGAAUACAUGGGAAAAAGUGGAGAGCUAUUCAUCCUGAAAGCUGACACCAAAAAGUAUCUACAACCGGGAAGUCAGGAGAUAACGAUGUAUACCAUGGCCCAAAUUUACGCCAGCGGCGACUGUCACGCUGUGUUUGUAGUCGGUGUCCAUCACGCGAACGACUUGAGAACGGUGAACGGUUUAUGGCUUUCAUAUAAUCGUUGCUUCCAAUGCUUUGACCCACUUGACUCUGAGCAUUUCUUUCAAAUCCGAAUCAUCCAUGAUGACUAUAUUUCAUGUGACUUUUCAAGUGGCCUGGAUUCAACUAUCAUUGACAGGGCUAGGCAGUCUUAUGUCUGGAAUAAAUACAAGUUCAAGCUUUUAAUUCAUUCCAAAUUACGGUCUACAGAAAAACACCGCUUCGUCUGCAAAAUUCCACAGAGAAGACCAAUUUCUGUGUUAACGAGGCAAAAUCACGCAUAUGAUGAAAUCUUAAUGACUAGACUGGAAACUGAGAUCCAACCAGUAGGGUGUCCACCGAACAAAUACGGUUUGGCUUGUGAGCAGAACUGCACUUGUGAGAAUGGCGCCCGCUGCCAUGGGUUGAACGGUGCCUGUAAGUGUCAGCCUGGGUGGAAAGGUGUCGUCUGUGACAUACCUCACAGUACCGUUGCCAUUAUCGCGAAUCCUAGCGACUCACGACAGAUUCACAUAAGGGGUUCGUUGACAUUACACUGCAAAUCUUUCCAUCUGGCUGUUGAGAAGAUGGUUUGGACAUUUCCUAAUGGUACAAGAAGGAGGCUACGUGGCACUCAAGAAGACCAAAUCAGGAUUGAAAGCAUCCAGUCUGAACACAACGGUACCUACAGCUGUACUGUUAUUACUGAAGACGAAACCGAAGUUCACGCGCGUUACGAGCUACAGGCAGUCAACUGUCCUCCCAACAAAAGAGGUGAAUUGUGCGAAGACGACUGCAACUGUCUCCAUGGUGCCAGUUGUGACCGGUGGGCCAGCUGUGUCUGUCCGCCGGGAUGGACAGGAAACAUUUGUGAGACCAAAUGCCCAGACGGCACCUACGGACGGGGCUGCAGCGGUGAGUGCCCAUGUCAAAACGGUGCCAUUUGCGACCCUAGCGACGGUCAGUGUAACUGCACCGAGGGGUGGUAUGGCAUGCAUUGUACCCGUCCAUGUUUAAGUGGUCGGUACGGGUGGAGAUGUCGGCAGGCCUGUGACUGUAAGAACAACGCCACAUGCUAUCACGUAGAUGGCAGCUGCACAUGCGCGCCGCCCUGGACUGGACAGCAAUGUGACGUCAUCCAAACGGAACCAUCUCUGCUACCACUACAGAUCUUUAUACCUCUUUCAUUGACGCUGCUUGGUGUAUUGGCAGCAUUAGUGGCGCUUUACAAAUGGAGGGCGGCAACACGGAUGAGACAAGACGAAGACCAAGAGGAGAUACAGGUGUUACUCGAACUUAAAAGUAUGGAAGAAAACCUCGCUCAGAGUCUACAGCCCGGCUGGCUCAAACGGUGGGAGAGGAAGGCAAAGGAUCUGACUCUGGGCGAUCUGAUUGGUCAGGGCGCAUUUUCGUUUAUCAGAGAAGGGCGUUUGCGCACCGCUAACGCUGACGUCACAGUUGUGGCGGUCAAGUCCGUCCGUUCAAAGGACAGACUGUGCUACCGAGCUUUCUAUCGUGAAGCAGCAAUGCUGGUUGCUUUGGACGAAAACUGCGAAGAAAACAACCCUGAUGGGCAUCCGAACAUUAUCAAGUUCCUUGGUGUCAUCACAAAGUCCACACCAAAGUGUAUUCUCUUGGAAUAUGCUGCCAAAGGUGAUCUGCUGCAACUUUUGAAACAGCAGAAUACAAAUAACGUUGCUUGUCUAGUGGGCAGCUUUCUCCGCUACGCAGUCCACAUAUCACGUGCCCUGAAGGAGCUCCGACGUCUGCGCAUCGCUCACGGUGACGUGGCCGCUCGAAACAUCCUCAUCAGUGGAGACGACGUCGCCAAGCUGUCUGACUUCGGUCUGGCCCAUGACGUGUACACCACAACCACGUACAUCUCCUCAGGUAAGAACGACGCGGAAGAACUCCUCCCUCUGAAGUGGAUGGCUCUGGAGUCGCUGGAGACUCGCAAGUUCACGUGUGAGAGCGACACGUGGUCGUUCGGCGUGCUGCUGUGGGAGAUCGCCGCGUUCGGAGAGGAGCCCGACUAUCAGCACGAGAUCCGGCUGAGUUGUCCCAGGUUGGUCGGGAUCCUGAGACAGGGAUAUCGUCUGCAGAAACCACCCGGAUGUCCGGACAGGCUGUAUGACGUCAUGAAGUCGUGUUGGCAGGAGGACCCGUCAGCCAGACCAGAGCCGGCUGAACUUGAGCAGAAGCUGACAGACUGUCGUGAAGAAAUUGAUCCACUGUUCGUCAUCGAGAAGGUGACCACACUUUAGAAAUCGAACCAUCUUUCAGGCAACU